GGAUGGCAGGGCGGGUGCCAGAGCAGGAGAGGAGGUUGCUGUUUCCCCAGCAACAACCUGGGCGCUCGAAGGCGGGCGCAGCCUCGGAAGGGUCCGCGCCUCGGAAGGGUCCGCGCCUCGGGUCUCUCGCUGCCAGGAAGAUCCUGGGAGACGCGCGAGCCGAGCCUAGGAAGUCGGCGUCCGUGGAGACAGGGACAGGGCCAUGGCUGAGGUGCACGUGAUCGGGCAGAUCAUGGGGGCCACCGGUUUCUCGGAAAGUAGCCUCUUCUGCAAGUGGGGCGUCCACACAGGAGCGGCAUGGAAGCUCCUGUCAGGUGUGCGGGAGGGACAAACGCAGGUGGACACACCCCAAGUAGGGGACAUGGCCUACUGGUCCCACCCCAUCGACCUGCACUUCGCCACCAAAGGCCUCCAAGGCUGGCCCCGGCUCCAUCUCCAGGUGUGGUCACAGGACAGCUUCGGCCGCUGUCAGCUUGCAGGCUAUGGCUUUUGCCACGUGCCCAGCAGUCCAGGCACCCACCAGCUGGACUGCCCCACAUGGCGGCCCCUGGGCAGCUGGAGGGAGCAGCUGGCGCGGGCCUUCGUGGGUGGCGGCCCUCAGCUGCUGCACGGGGACGCCAUCUACAGUGGGGCUGACCGCUACCGCCUGCACACAGCGGCGGGUGGCAUCGUGCGCCUGGAGCUGGGACUGCUGCUGCGCCACUUCGACCGCUACGGCGUGGAGUGCUGAUGGUGCCUCCAAGGACAGGCCGGUACCCCCACCCUUGCUGACCUGCCCAGGGCCGGGAUGGCCCAGUGCCCAGAAGCGCGGGCUCUGGACACUGUCGGAUCUGACCCCAGCCAACAGCUGGCAUGGCUUCUGUCCUGGUGAGCACCUCAGGCCCCAUGGCUGCCCCUUCAGGUCUAGUUUCCCCAUCUGUAAAAGGGGGGCAGUAAGCUUAUGGGGUCUCAGGGUGCUGGGUGAAGAAAGGCUGCUUUGCCCAUGGAAGUGCUCAAUAAAGGAGAGCAGUUCUUACAGGUG